AGGACGGCGCUCGGUGAAGGAUACUCGCUGUUUUUACCGCCGCGGACGAGCCACGCUGGUGAAGCCGCUGUUUGGAAAUGUCCGUGACGGGGCUUCGUGGACUGCCGCGCGGUGCCGCUGAGAGCACGCGGUGUCAGAUUUAGCAGUUUUAACUCACAUGCACCGAGCGCAUGCCGUGCAUGAUAUUGACUCACUUUCACGACUACAUCCUACCGAAUGAACUAGUCCCCCCCUCCUCCUCUCCGGACCAAGAGCACCUGACCCCCCCUCAACUCUAGCCGCUCCAACAUGACCCUCGGGACGGUGUCCGCCUCCGACAGCUCGUCGGCGGUCAGCUUCUGCUCCUGCUGCGGGGCCGAGAUGGUCCCUCGCUCCAGCGACGACGCGGUGGUGUCAAACAAUCAGAUCAACCAACUUAUCAGUGAGAGUUUCCUCACGGUGAAAGGUGCGGCCCUCUUUCUUCCCAGGGGCAACAGCCCCACGCCGAACUCUGCACCCCGCAUCAGCCAGCGCAGAAACAAGCACACAGGUGACCUCCAGAAACAUCUCCAGACCAUGUUUACGGUGCUGCGCCCGGAGGACACCAUCCGACUGGCUGUGCGGCUGGAGAGUGCCUAUCCUCAGGUAACCCGCUACAUGGUGGUGGUGUCCACCAACGGCAGGCAGGACACAGAGGAGAGCAUUGUUCUCGGCAUGGACUUUGUCUCCUCUGACAGCUGCUGCACUGUGGGUCUGGUUCUACCUCUGUGGAGCAACACGCUGAUCCACUUGGAUGGAGACGGUGGCUUCAGCGUAUCAACGGUGAACAGGGUUCAUGUCUUCAAGCCAGUUUCUGUGCAGGCCAUGUGGUCUGCCCUCCAGUCACUCCACAAGGCCUGCGAAGUGGCUCGCUGCCAUAACCACUACCCAGGCAGCCUGUUCCUGACCUGGGUCAGCUACUACCAGAGCAGGAUCUCCUCCAACCAGUUCUGUAUCAAUGAGUGGAACGCCAUGCAGGACGUGGAGUCGCACCGUGCCAAUUCUCCCGUCCUCUUCACAGACCUGCCCACGGAACGGGAGCGCACAGAAAGGCUGAUCAAAAUGCGUCUGAGAGAGAUAAUGAUGCAGAAAGACCUGGAGAACGUCACCUGCAAGGAGAUUCGGACAGAGCUGGAGAUGCAGAUGGUGUGUAAUUUAAGGGAGUUUAAAGAGUUCAUAGACAAUGAGAUGAUUGUCAUCCUGGGACAGAUGGACAGCCCUACAGAAAUCUUUGAACACGUCUAUCUGGGCUCUGAAUGGAACGCUUCCAAUCUAGAAGAGCUGCAGAAUAGUGGAGUGCGCUACAUCCUGAACGUGACCAGGGAGAUCGACAACUUUUUCCCCGGCAUGUUUGAGUACCACAACAUCCGAGUGUACGACGAGGAGGCCACCAACCUGCUGGAGUACUGGAACGACACCUACAAGUUCAUCACCAAAGCCAAGAAAGCCGGCGCCAAGUGUCUGGUUCACUGUAAGAUGGGCGUGAGCCGCUCGGCCUCCACAGUGAUCGCCUACGCCAUGAAGGAAUACGGCUGGGACCUGGACACCGCCUUCGACUACGUGAAAGACAAACGCGCCGUCACCAAGCCGAACCCUUCCUUCAUGAAGCAGCUGGAGGAGUAUCAAGGAAUCCUGCUGGCAAGCAAGCAAAGACACAAUAAGCUGUGGCGCUCCCACUCGGACAGCGACCUCUCAGAACGGCCCGAGUUGAUGUGCAAGCCCUCGUCUCCCUCCCUGGGACGCUCCGACUCGCACAACAACAACAACACCCCCUCCUCGCCCUCCUUACAUCACUUCCUGGGCGUGGCCGUGCUGCAGGCGCUCGGGGCGUCGCACGAGGACUCGGCCAAGCCAAACGUGUCGCACGCCUCCGACCCGCACACGCUGUCCAACGGCGUGGGCGACUCGGCGGUCCAGCAGGAGGUCGGGUCGCAGCGCGGGGAGCCCGUCCCGGUCCCGCUCCUCAGACCCCGAGCAGCCACCGUGGUCCCAGAGGAGCGGCUGGACAACGCGGCCAGCGUGGCCGUCACCGUCCCCGUGGCGCUGCCGCACCCGCCCCCGUCGCUCCACAUCCUCCCCCCGACCCCCGAGCUGCGGCGCGCCCGCAGGACUCCGCCCACGCAGCUCUGCAUCCCGACGCACGAGUACAAACCGGAGGAGCUGUCCCUCGACUCGGCCAAGCGAAGCAGCUCCCAAGAGCCCUCCCCCCUCACUCUGGGGUCCAGCGACUCGGAUCUCAUAAGCCACUCGUUAUCGGAGCUCACCGGCGCCAAACCCAGUCCCCUCAGCCCCGCCACGCCCACCCCUCCUCCGCUGGUCUUUCCUCUCGCCCCCAGCGACGACAACAACAACCCCAGCGAGCUACCGACGGGCGCUGCCUCGGACGGCCGCGGCGAGGCCGACGGGUCGUCCACCCACAGCGCCGACAGCAUCGACUUCUUCAGCGCCCGGGAGAAGUUUCUGGGCCUGGCCCAGGACGGCCCGACGCGGACGCCGUCAGAGCAGGCGCCACAACGGACGCCCCCGUCCGCCGAGAGAGAAGCCGAGGCCGGCGAGGAGGAGGAUCAAGCAGACGGGAUGAGUCAGGCGUUGCCGCAGUCUGAAGACGGCGCUGACCCGUCUCACCAUGACAACGGAGUAUCGGUCCGCCACAUCGUCACGGAAAUCGAGGCAAUAUGGCACCCCCCGACUCCAUCCUCCCCCUCUCCCUCUCCGUCUCCGUCCUCUCACAGCCUUCAGCUCGUCCAACUACAACAUCCAGAGGAAACGGACUCGUCUGAACUGCCGCACGGCUCUCCAGCCGCUCCCGCCCAGCCUCCGUCGCCCUCCGCCACGCUGCCACGCGAUUGGCCGGCGGGCUCGGUGCGGCGGGCCACCGAGCAGCUGGAGCAGAAGCUGAAGCAGGAGCUGGAGAUGAGCGCAUCCCAGCGGUCCCCUCUGCACUCCCCCAGCACCGAGCACCCUCCCUCCAGACUGUCCCCGUGCUCCCCGAACGCCGCCGAACACCCGCCCCUCCGCCCCGCCCAGCCCGCCAUAGAGCAAGGCAUCACUCAGGGAGAGAAGGAGGGCGUGUCGGUUCAUCCCAAAUCCAAAGAGAAGCAGACAGGGUCCCGGUCAGAGCCUCAAAGACCGGACCCCUCAGGCACAGAUCACCUCCCUGACCGCCCCAAAUCCAGCAUUAGCCAAGCCUGUGCCGCCGCGCCCGUCACUGUGCUUCCAUUACCCAGUAGCCAUAUGAAAACGCCACUUCUGGCCCCGACCGGUCAGUCAGUGGCGUUACCUCCAGAUACCUCAGCCCAGCCCCAAAGCCAAAACCUGCAGCGCCAGACCCCGAGCCGGAUGACUGUGGACGGAGUGACGCUGCAGGAGUCGGACGCAGACGACAGGCCGCACGCCGGUUCUCAGGGCCGGUCGGAGAGCUGCAGCCCCGGGUGCGACGCCCGGGUCAGGCUGGCUCGCGGCAGCCAGGAGCUCGAGCAGAUCCAGCAGACCCUCCGAGAGCUGCAGGCUUUCCUUCAUGAAGGCGUCAGCCUGGAGGCGGCCGACAGCCCGGUGCCAGAUCUGGGGCAGCCUCCCGGGCUCAGAGACGCUAUGGACACAGAACCAGGACAGUGUAGAGGGGAAAGUUGCGAACCGACCCCUCCGGGACUGGAAGUAGGGCAGCAGUUCCGAGGGAGACAAGAGGGGAGGGGCGUCCUGGAGCAGACAGGGUGGCACAGAGCCAUGGAGCUCGAGGCUCGGAUACGCCAAGCAGGCCUCACACCGCCGUCUUUAAUGAAGAGAUCCGCCUCUUUAGCCAAACUGGACUGUCUGGAACUGUCGGCCAAUGACCUCAGUGACCUGGACAUGAGGCCUCACAAUCGGAAAUCCUCACUGUCGUCAUCGUCACAGUCCCAGGACUCUUUCUCCCCGUACCCGUCUCACCCAGACGACAUCUGGAAGAAGCAGAAAGUGUUGGCUCUGAACAGCUGUGUCAAAAAGACGGACUUGCCGGGUGACGGCGCCUCCCUCGGCCACAGUUGUCCAAAAGAGGACACGUGCAGAAGAGAGGAGCCGGACGAUGGCGGCGGCGGAGCGUCCUCAUCCCGUCAGCAGGGGCGGGGACACUCAACAAGACGCUCCCGCAAAGCGUCCGCUGAGAAAAAGCAGCGAGCCUCCACUGUGCUAUACAAUACCAUGUGAAACCUCAGUGCAAUGGACUGGAACGGACGCGACUGGAGCUGCACGUGUGUGACUGAGGCUGCAUGAUGAGUGUGAAUGUGGUGCAGGCGAACCGGAGCUACUGUACAACCGCUAACGUCUGCAUGGUGAGCGUGCGAUCCGAGUGAUUGAACAUGUCUGCAACUGAAACCACUGGAUGUGAACUGGAGUUCAGGUUUGUCUGUACAGUAACGUCAUAUGAAUGUCCAAACCACGACUGAAGCAGUGCGUACGCACUCCGUUAUGUCCCAGUUCUUCUUCUUCUUCUUUUUUUUAAAGAGGCGUUUGUUUUCAGUGUGGAACUGCCUGCUCAGUUUAUAAAACUACAUCCAGAGGGGCUUUUUCUCAGAACAUGCACUUUACUAUUUAGAUGGUUCUUCUUUUAUUUGGAAUUGGUUUCUUACAACGGAUUGGGGUGGGGGCGGUUCGGGGGAUUGUUUUGCACUGUUCUCAGUAGACUUGUCUGUGUUUUUAUUUUUAAAAGCAGACUUAACUCAGAAUGAUUGAACCAGGACAAAGCUGUGUUGUUUUU